AUGGAUUCUAUGUUAGACCAUGAAACCAAAGUGCCUGUUCCCGAGAAACACAUCAGCGAUGAAGAUCAACUUGCAGCUCUUGGUCAUGUCCAAGAGCUCCGUCGUGGUUUCUCCUUAUGGUCAAUUGUUUGUCUCCAAAUAUCCUUAAUGGCCACCUGGGAGGCCUUAUCCUCGGUUGUCGCUGCUGCUCUUACCAACGGCGGGGCGCCAUGCUUGUUUUAUAACUAUGUCAUAACCCUGAUUGGUACAAUGUUCAUAGUCCUUUCAUUGAGCGAAAUUGCCUCGAUCUACCCGACUGCUGGCGGACAAUACCACUGGGUCUAUUGUCUCACACCAGUAUCGUAUCGGGUUACUGCAUCCUGGUUUACCGGUUGGAUUUCGAUUGGUGGACAGUUGGUGUUUUCCGCCUCGGCAGCCUUCGCAGCGGGCUUGCAACUCCAGGCACUCAUCACCUUGAAUAAUCUCGAUUCAUAUACCCCAACCAGAUGGCAAGGAAUGCUUUUCUAUUGGCUAAUACUGGCUUACUCGACCGUCCUGAAUAUUUGGGGUUCCAAAGUCUUGCCUCACACCAAUACAACAGCCGGUGUAUUGCACGUUGUUGGGUUUUUGGUAAUCAUCGUCGUGAUGGGAGCAAUGUCCGAGAAGCACGACUCGAGUUACGUGUUCACGGAAUUCUCCAACACCAGUGGAUGGGACAAUGAUGGGGUUUCGUGGUUAGUAGGACUACUGAGCACUGUAUAUCCCUUCCUUGGAUAUGAUGCAGCCUGUCAUCUAAGUGAAGAAAUGCCAAAGCCAUCCCGCAAUGUUCCAUUGGCCAUGAUAGGCAGUGUCAUUAUCAACGGCGUGAUUGGGCUGGUGUAUGCAAUCAUCCUACUAUUUUCCCUCGGAGAUCUAGAAUCACUUCUUCAGUCCAAAACGGGGUUUCCAUUCAUGCAGCUGUUUUUAAACAUUACUGGCUCCCAGGCUGGUGCAUCCGUGCUAGCCCUAUGCAUCACCCUGAUUGCGAUGGCCGCCAACGCAGCAUGUGUGACAUCUACUAGCCGUACAGCUUGGGCAUUUGCACGGGACAAUGGUUUACCACGGUCGGAAUUUUUCUCAGAAGUGAGCACUACACUGAAAGUUCCCGUGCGCAUGGUUAUAACGGUUGGAUUACUUCAAAUGCUGCUUGGCUUGAUCUAUCUCGGCAGCUCAACCGCAUUCAACGCGGUGUUAUCUAUGGCCAUUUUGGGAAUGUAUGCCUCAUAUCUUUCCCCGAUUGUAUUUAUGUUGAUCUAUGGCCGACGAAGAUCAGCACCGAUUGUUCGUGGACUUGGCUCCGGAUUGUUCAAGCUAGGGCCACGAUUGGGUCCCAUUGUGAACCUUGCUGCCAUUAUUUGGCUCAUUAUAGCAAUGAUUUUUAGUACUUUCCCAACGGUGCAGCCGGUUACACCAGAGAAUAUGAAUUAUUGCAUUGUGGUGACAAUGGGAUGGAUGCUGAUAGGAGGGCUUUACUAUUAUCUCCUAGGAGGAAGGAAGCAAUUUACAGGUCCAGUGGUCGAGCUGGCAGAGGACAUGUGA